GUCUCAGUCUUCAUCAGAGGAGAGCAUUCUCAUGUCAAAGAUCUUUGUCUUCUUAAACUCUAUCUGAACUGUAACUGUUAGGAUCCCACAUUUUAAGCCCCUUCCUUUGAAAAAGUUGAGUUUUUUAGCUUUUAUGUUAUCUGUUGCAUUAAUGGUGGAAUAUUAUGAAUGCUAGGGCUCAUCUGUAGGACCCAGAAACUCAGAGAGGGUCCUUUGAGCUAGAGAGAGUUGUAGAGAGGGAAGGGAUGAAGGAGGUCUUUGGGAGUCCAGGGAAGGUGAGUGGGCUGGCACUGAGAAUUGGGCAGUGCUCUUUUGCUGCUGCUUCUAUUGGAGUGAUGGUCUCUGCCCAUGGCUUCUUCAACUCCACUGCAUUUUGCUAUUUAAUUGCAUCAAUGGGGCUUCAAGUUCUUUGGAGUUUGGGACUUGCUUGCCUUGAUUUGCAUGCUUUGAGGUCAAAGAGAAGCUUGCAGAAUCCUGUUUUAGUGAGCCUAUUUGUUGUUGGGGAUUGGGUGACAGCUAUUCUGUCGUUGGCCGCUGCAUGCUCAUCAGCUGGAGUGACAGUUCUGUAUUCGAGAGAUUUGAAUUACUGCGGGCCACCGGCACAUCUUCCAUGCAGCAGGUUCCAAAUUGCUGUUGCUUUCGCGUUUAUCUCAUGGUUCCUCCUUGCUGUUUCGUCCAUUGUCAUGUUUUGGUUGCUAGGUGCAGUAUGAGUGACAACUUACACCACCAUCACAGCAAACUACAUUAUUCUUCAAUUUUCCCCUGUAAAUAUCAUGUUACACUUCAAAACAAAUCAGUUUUGUUGAGGACACCUCACAACUAUUUUUCCUGUUGUCUUCUGGGUCCAUAGAUCUCUAAUCAAGGUGGGUUUGGUAUGAAGUUGUAAUCAUUUGCCCU